AUGGAGACGCUGAAUGGCCCCGCGGCCGGCGGCGCCCCGGAUGCGAAGGCGCAGCCGCCCGGCCAGCACUACCGCCACCACCACCUCCACCCGCUGGCCGAGCGGAGGCGGCUGCACCGCGCGCCCUCGCCCGCCAGGCCAUUUCUCAAGGACCUGCACGGCCGGCCCGCGGCCCCCGGCCCGGUCCCGGCUGCCCCUUCCUCGGGCCGAGCCCCGGCGCCCGCCGCUCCGCGCUCGCCCAGCCUCGCGGGCAAGGCACCGCCCUCUCCGGGGCCCCCGGCCGCGCCCGGCCGCCUCUCCCGGCGCAGCGGCGGCGCCCCCGGCGCGAAGGACAAGCCGCCGCCGGGCGCCGGGGCCAGAGCAGCGGGCGGCUCCAAGGCCGCUCCGGGCCCCAGGAGGGCGGCGCGCGCGGCGCCCGCCGAGCCGCUGCCCCGGGUCGGAAAGCCGCCGCCCGGGGCCGAGCCGCCGCCCGCCGCUGCGAAGGGCCGCAAAGCCAAACGCGGCUCCGGAGUGGUGCCCGCCCGCGCCUCCGGGCCCCGGGUCCCCAUCGUCCCGGUCCCCGCCGUGAUCCUCGCCGUGACCUCCGCGGCCGGCUCUCCGGCCCCCGGCUCGCGUAUCAGCCACACCGACAGCAGCUCCGACCUCUCUGACUGCCCUUCUGACCCCCUGUCCGAUGAGCAGCGCCUGAUCCCCGCCGCCAGCAGCGACGCCGAGUCCGGCACGGGAUCCAGCGACCGGGAACCCCUGCGGGGAGCCCCCACGACGAGCCCCGCGGCUUGGGGGGCGCCUCCGGGCAGCCCCGAGCCCCCCGUGCUCCUCGCCGCGCCCCCCGCCGCCUGCCUCGGGGGUCGGAUCAGCCCGAGCGGGGUCCCCGCGGGGUCCCCGGGGCCCGGCGUGGCGGAGGAUGCCGGAGGGUGCGCUCCGCCGGAGCGAACGGUCCCCGGGAACCCCAAGGAGCACGGCCCGGGCGAGCAGCCCCGGCUGGUACCGGCGGCGGAGGAGGAGGAGCUGCUGCGGGAGAUGGAGGAGCUGCGCUCGGAGAACGACUAUCUCAAGGAUGAGUUGGAUGAACUCCGUGCUGAAAUGGAAGAGAUGAGAGACAGUUACUUAGAGGAAGAUGUUUACCAGCUGCAGGAGCUUCGGCGGGAACUGGACCGCGCCAAUAAAGACUGCCGAAUCCUGCAGUACCGCCUCAGGAAGGCUGAGCAGAAGAGCCUGAAGGUGGCAGAGACCGGGCAGGUGGAUGGUGAGCUCGUCCGAAGUCUGGAGCAGGACUUAAAGGUGGCCAAAGAUGUGUCGGUCAGGUUGCACCAUGAACUUGAAACUGUGGAGGAAAAGAGAGCUAAAGCUGAAGAUGAGAAUGAAACUCUCCGACAGCAGAUGAUUGAAGUGGAAAUAUCCAAACAGGCCCUCCAAAACGAGCUGGAGAGACUGAAGGAGAGUUCCCUGAAGAGAAGAGGCAGCCGGGAAGUGUACAAAGAAAAGAAAGCCGUCACUCAGGAUGACAGCGCCGACCUGAGGUGCCAGCUCCAGUUUGCCAAAGAGGAGGGCUCGCUGAUGCUCAGGAAGAUGGCCAGGCUGGGGCGGGAGAAGGACGGGCUGGAGCAGGAGCUGCAGAGGUACAAGGCCCUCUACGGGGACGUGGACAGCCCCCUCCCCACGGGGGAGGCCGGUGGGCCGCCCAGCACUCGGGAGGCUGAGCUGAAGCUGCGGCUAAAGCUGGUGGAGGAGGAAGCCAGCAUCUUGGGCCGGAAGAUCGUGGAGCUGGAGGUGGAGAACCGGGGCCUGAAGGCGGAGAUGGAGGACCUGCGGGGCCAGCACGAGCGCGACGCCGCGGGCCGGGAGCCCCUGCCCGGCGUUCCGACCUCGCCCUUCGGGGACUCCCUGGAGUCCUCCGCAGAGCUGCGCCGGCACCUGCAGUUCGUGGAGGAGGAGGCGGAGCUGCUGCGGAGGUCCAUCUCCGAGAUCGAGGAUCACAACCGACAGCUGACCCACGAGCUGAGCAAGCUCAAGUUUGAGCCGCGGCCGGAGCCCGCGUGGCUGGCGGGGGGCGCGGGCGGCGGGGCACCCCUGCAGGACCCACCGCCCCUGCAGGACCCGCCGCCCCUGCAGGACGAGCUCCAAGCGGCGCGGCUGCAGAUCAGCGAGCUGAGCGGGAAGGUGCUGACGCUGCAGCAUGAGAACCAGGUGCUGCUGUUGGGCGCCCCACGCUGUGACCCGGCCGCGCCCCCGGGCCCGCGCGCCCCAAGCCCCCGCGACAGCGACGCUGACAGCGACGCGGGCAAGAAAGAGAGCGACGGGGAGGACGGCCGCGCGCUGCAGCCGCGGCGGGAGGGCCCCAUCGGCGGCGAGAGCGACUCGGAGGAGACCUUCGAGAAGACGUCGGGCUUCGGCAGCGGGAAGCCGUCGGAGGCUGGUGAGUGCCCUGCAGAGCUGCUCCGUGCUCGGGAGGACUCGGAGCGCCUGGCGAGCAUCAGGCACGAGGCCGAGCGGCUGGAGCGGACCGUGGAGCGCAUCAUCACCGACACGGACGGCUUCACGGACGCGGCGCUGCAGGGCGGUGGGGCCUUGUCGGGAGCCGGUGGCCAGGGCGCCAGGGAGGAGCCCCAGCUGCUGGGGACCCUCAAUGCGAGGAUGAAGGCCUUCAGGAAGGAGCUCCAGGCCUUCCUGGAGCAGGUGGAGCGGCUGGGGCAGGGCCUCUCCCCUCUGCCCCACCUCACCGAGUCUUCCAGCUUCCUGUCCUCUGUGACCUCCGUGUCCCGGGACUCCCCCGUCGGGAACCCGGGGAAGGAGCCGGGCCCGGACCUGCAGUCCAAACUGAGAGAUCAGCUGGAGUGGCAGCCCGGGCAGGAGCGAGGGGAGGAGCGGGGGCCCCUGCAUCUCCGAGCCACACGGGAGCUGCACCGUCGAGCCGACGGGGACGUGGGGAGCUGCCGGCCCGGAGCCCAGAGCUGCUUCAACCUGGAGAUGGAGGAGGAGCACCUGUGUGCCCUGCGGCGGCGGGAGCUGGAGGUGCACAGCCUGGCCCUGCAGAACUCGCUGCACGAGCAGACCUGGAGUGACGAGAGGCACUUGAUGCAGCAGGAGCUGUGCUCCCUGAAGCAGAACAUCUUCCUUUUCUACAUCAAACUCAGGUGGCUGCUGAAACACUGGCGGCAAGGGAAGCAGGCGGAGGAGGACGCAGAGGACUUCACGGAGAGCGAGCUUCCAGAGAACUUCCACAGGCUUGGGGAGCCUGGCGUUCAGGAGGGUGCAAAGGUGGACGGUCCAGACCAAGUUGGCGACGGUCCAGGCUGUGGCUUUUCCCUGGGGGAGCGUCCUCCACAGUUUGGUGUACAGAUCGGUGACCACGGACCACGGCUGCGGCCCACAGACGGGGGACAGCUCCACAGGCAGGUGGCAGAGAAUCAGCCGCUGUUCUGCGCGCUCAAGGCGCUGCUGGAGGAGCUGCGCAUGGAGCUGCAGGAGGACGAACGUGCACGGCGGCAGCUGCAGCAACAAUAUGCUGGCGACAAGGCCUCCUGGGACGUCGAGUGGGCCGCGCUCACGUGCCGCCUGGAGCAGCUGGAAGCGAAGACUGAGAAAAGUUUGGGAGACCCAGGCUCCUCUGCUGACAGCAAAGGCAUGUUCAGGAAGGAGAGGGAGGCACAGCAGAAGCUCCUGGCUGACAGUCAUGGGCUGGUCAUGGACCUGCAAUGGCAGAUCCACCACAGUGAGAAGAACUGGAACCGGGAGAAGGUAGAGCUUCUCGACCGCCUGGACCGGGAGCGGCAGGAGUGGGGGCGGCAGGAGAAGGAGCUCCUGUGGAGAAUCGAACAGUUGCAGAGAGAAAACAGCCCCCAGAGAGGUGGCAGUUUCCUGUGUGAUCAAAAGGAAGGCGAUGUCCGCCCCUGCGCCCACACGGGGAGACCCUGGGCGCCCCGCCCCACGGGGAUGUGGCCCUGCGCGGUCAGCGACUCCAGCGCGUUCGAAGACCAGCCGCUGUCCAAGCUGAAGGAAUCGGACAGGUGCUCAGCCCGGGAGAACCUCUACCUGGACGCCCUAUCCUUGGACGACGAGCCAGAGGAGCCUCCAGACCGCAAGCCCGAGAGGGAGUUCAGGAACUGCUUCCCCGAGGAAGAAGAAAAUCACAAGGGAAAUCUUCAAAGGGCCGUGUCCGUGUCAUCCAUGUCUGAGUUCCAGCGCCUGAUGGAUGGCUCUCCCUUCCUGCCAGAGAAGGGCCUGCCCGCCACCAGCAGCAAGGAAGACGUCACCCCGCCCCUCUCCCCAGAUGACCUCAAGUACAUCGAGGAGUUCAACAGCAAGAGCUGGGACGACAGGCCCCCAGACCCCUGGGGAGACAGGACCGAGGCGGGUCGGGCGAGGCCCGAGGCCAGCACCGACCCUUUCUCCGACUCCUGCUGGUACCUCACCACGAGCAUCACCCUGACCACAGACACCGUGACCAGCCCGGAGCACUGCCAGAAGCAGCUCCCGCGGAGCCUUGGCUGCGCCGAGCAGGCCGGGGUGAGGAUGCUGCACAGCCCGCCCACCGUCCGGAGGCUGGAUGGCACCGUGGCGGCAGGUGGUGAGGGCAGUGCCCGAGGGGGCCCAGGGGACGCCAAGGGGGGCUGUUCUGAACACAUUCUUAGGUGGCCCUGUGCCCCCUCCAAGCACCCCCGAGACUACACAGAGGGUGGGCUCUGGCCCCUCGACGGCACCCUCGGUUUCUCCCCCCCGCUGCACAGCCUGGAGAUGUCCAAGAACCUGAGUGAUGACAUGAAGGAGGUGGCUUUCUCCGUCAGUGCCAUCUGCUCCAGCCCCGGGGAGCCUCUGGUCAAGGACACGGCCUGCCAGACCAAUGGGUCCCGGACGACAGGGACGCAGACCGUCCAGACCAUCAGCAUAGGCCUGCAGACCGAAGCCCUGCGGGGCAGCGCCGUCACCAGCAGCCCCCACAAGUGUCUCACGCCCAAGGCGGGGGGUGGCACCACGCCCGUGUCCUCUCCCUCCCGCGGCCUCAGGAACAGGCAAGUGGCCCCCGCCAUCGAGAAGGUGCAGGCCAAGUUUGAACGCACAUGCUGCUCCCCCAAGUACGGGUCUCCCAAGUUGCAGAGGAAGCCCCUCCCCAGAGUGGACCAGCCAAGCAGCAGGACCUCCCCGGGACUGGCCCCGAAGGGCUGCGGCGAGUCAGCCUGGGCCCGUUCUACCACCACUCGGGAGAGCCCCGUGCACACCGCCAUCAACGACGGCCUCUCCAGCCUCUUCAGCAUCAUCGACCACAGCCCUAUGGUGCAGGACCCCUUCCAGAAGGGGGUGCGGGCCGCCAGUCGGUCUCGUUCGGCAGAGCCCCCGCCAGAGCUGGGCCCGGGCCAGGACACGAGCCCCAGUUCCCGAGGCCGGUCGCCCAGCCCGGUCGGGGGUGGCUCUGAGACGUGCAGGGAGGAAGGGGGAGAGGGCACGCCCGCGAGGCAGGACCUGUCCGCUCCCCCCGGCUACACGCUCACCGAGAACGUUGCCCGGAUCCUCCACCGGAAGCUGUUGGAACACGCCUUAAAGGAGGAGCAGAGGCAGGCCGCCCAUGGCACCCCCAGUCUCAGCAGCAACGGCCCCGUGGGAGAAAUGACGGUCAGAGCGGAGCCAGGGUCCAUCGAGGAACUCCCUUGUUCUGCACUAGCUCCAUCCCUAGAACCCUGCUUCUCCAGGCCCGAGAGACCAGCAAACCGUCGCCCUCCGUCCCGUUGGGCCCCACAUUCCCCCACUGCCUCACCAGCUCCGUCACCCGGAGACCCGACCUCCUUGGAGGAGCUCGGCGACGAGGGGCCGCCCGGGGAGAAGCCACACCUGUGAUGCAGGCUCGCAUGAUGAUCUGGAAUAACUCACUGUAAUUGCAUAACCACACCGACAUCAUCAACCGAACUCUGCCCCAAAAGGAGAGAUCUGGUUUUCCCAAGGUCAAAGAAUGUUUUUUUUUUUUUUUAAAAAAAACACAGCUGCUGAAUGUUCAACCUGUGAAUCUGAGAUGUUUCUAGAAUGAAACAGUAAACGUGCCUGUAAGAACUUAAUUUUUUUCAUAGCUAAGAAAACUAUUUUUGUCUCCAUCUUUUUUACAGAAAGUAUAUUAAACAAAAAAAGGUAAAUAAGAUAUAAAUUUAAAAACAAAAAGUUUUUAAGAGAUUCUGAACACCCUCGCGUGCGAUACUGACUGCCUCACUGUUAAAUUUGCACUGUUAACAUUUGGUUUGGUUUAUAUUUCCACGUUGAAUUAGAGUGUUUUAAGUUAAUUUUAUUUUGUCAGUGUUCUUGUUUUUUAAGAAUUUUUGAAAUGCUUCAGACUGUAUGACUCAGUGAACUUUUUGUAAUGAAAAAACCACCAUAAAGUCAGUAGACAAGGCAGAUCUCCUAUAUCCUGGAGGGAAUAGAUGGCAGCAUUCUGGAAAGGUAGAGAGGCCUGGGUUGCCCAGACCUGCUGUAUAAUCCACAUAUUCUUCUCGACCUGCACGUCUUUGGGUUCGAAGCACUGGGGUGCAUGUACAUACCGCUGCUGUGGUCUCGCCCCGCCUAUGUGUGAGCCCUCUGUCCCACUGUGAUACGGUGUGAACCCCCUCGUACUGUACUGUUGUCUUCUCACAUUGAUGAUACAACAGCGAUGGCAUUUUAAAAUUAUUGUUAAAAGAUUAACAGGCAAUACAGUGUUUACUCCAAAUUUCCUUGUUUAAGGAAAAACACUACAAAAAGUCCUGAGGAUACCAAAUGGAAAGAGAGAGGGUGGUGCCUCGGAGUCUGUAUGAGACGAUGAUGAAGAAGAAAUAAAGCCUUUACAAGACGGCGCCUGUCCCAGACCUUGUGUCUCAC